CUUCCAAUCAAUGUUCUGUUGUGGACGCAGUUGGCGCAUGAGCUCACUGCCGCUUCCAGUCACAGCUGAGGCAAGAUGGUGGCCGCGAGGGCUGCGCUCGUCUACCUAAGCGUGGUAGCGCUGGUGGGGGCAGCAACACUGACAACACACCGGCCCUCCGGCACCACCACACCCCACGCCCACGAAAGUAACAACGCCCACCAGUCACACGAAGCCCCGAAGAACCACAGUCAUUCUAGCUCUACGGAAAAAUCUACCGAACAAGCGCUGCGUGAUGACGAGGACGAGACGGGGAACAAGACGGCGCCUAACACUGUCGAAGCAGCCGCCCCGUCAUUCGAACUCCAGGCUGUGAAGAGGGCCGGCGAGGCGAAGAGUGACAGGGGCAGCGAAGAGACGGGUGACAGGGACAGCGAAGAGACGGGUGACAGGGACAGCGAAGAGACGGGUGACAGGGACAGCGAAGGGAAGAGUGACAGGAACAAUGGCGCCCGUUAUGAAGAAGAAGGUGACCUAUAUACUGACGUGGUGAACGGUUCUGAUGACCUCGAGGAGUUGCCCAUCCCCAUGGCUCAGUCUGCAAGUAAGUUGGCUUUAAGGAAACGGCGAUUAAAAAGACUGGGGCCAGUUCCAUCAAGUCUUGCUGAUUAA